AUGACUCCAACUCCUUCGCCCCCACGAACUGGAACCGGUAAUGGCACACAUUGCGACUCUUCCCAUACUUAUGAUUCUGGUCGUACGCUGAGCAGCUCUGUUGCGAGCCGAUCUGCCCGACUGCGCCCUCCUCGAUCCUUACCACCAUGGAUCAAUUCUUAUGAUGGUGAGCAUGGCUCGGCGAGCGACGACCAACUACGACUUCUUCAACCUCCCACGCGCGCCGUUCCCCCUCAACACAACUCAUUGCCAAGCGAUCCCCAAAGACGGGUCUCAAAAGAUGGCUUCGUCGAUCCACAAGAUCCCCUUCUAGGCCAAGGACAGGAAACGAGAGGUAAAAUUCCUCAUUUUAUGCGUUAUGGGCGCGCCUCGAUGCGUGGUAGGAAAUGGGACCAUUUGAGAUCUGCAGAGCCUGUUAUUGUGCCCGGACACAAACCAGCUUUGACCUCGCAACCAAGCGUAGCAUGGCAAGACUUUGUCCAGUCGUCAUCUUGGGGUCGUAUGACGAACGAAGACUCGAAAGUGAUGGAUAUUGAGGCUCUCCGAAACUUACAACCGAAUUUUGAUGCGCCAUCCCGACACCCCUACAACGCUGAAGAAGCCAGAAUAUCCCGGAAGAGGAAGACUCUUGCCCCAUAUAAACGCAUCUGGUAUAUGGCUAUCCGCCAUUCUCUCGCCCCCCUGAUGUUUAGACUGAGCGUCAUGGUCACCUCGAUUAUCGCACUCGGUGUCGCAGCACGGAUACAUCAACUCGAAGACGUCGAUAGUACGGACUCGGCCGAGGAGACACAAUCUAUUGUUGCCGUCGCUGUAGAUUGCGUGGCCAUCCCAUACAUUGGGUACAUGAUCUGGGACGAAUACACUGGAAAGCCUCUGGGCUUACGAUCAGUAGUCUCUAAGAUUUCCCUGAUCUUGCUCGACCUGUUUUUCAUCAUUUUCAAAUCCGCGAGUACAGCACUCGCCUUUGAAAGCCUUGUUUACCACAACCUGUCCGAUCCUGCAGUGCGGAACCUAUCCAAGGCUCUAGCAGCAUUCAUGCUAUUAGGAUUGAUUGCCUGGUCGAUGAACUUUGCAGUCAACAUAUUCCGCACUGUGGCGCGUCUGGGAGGAGGUGAGGACGACAGUGGACAUGGUUAG